AUGCCUCGACUCCAACGAGGCAAUCACGGACAAGGACCGCCACAGACAAGACCUCCACAGACAGGGCACCACCAAGGACCUCACAGACAGGACUGCCACAGACAAAGACCUCCACAGACAAGGCCACCACAGACAGGGCCGCCACCAAGGACUACAGACAAGGACCGCCACAGACAAAGACCUCCACAGACAAGGACCUCCACAGACAAGAGGCCACCUGAACAAGGACCCUACCGACAAGGACCUCCACGAACAAGACCGCCGCGACAAGGACCUCCAGACAAGGACUGCCACCGACAAGGACCUCCACAGACAAGGACCCGACAGGGACCUCUUAGAACAAGGACUGCCACAGACAAGGGCCACCAGACAAGGGCCGCACCGACAGAGACCGCCACAGACAAGGCCGCCACAGACAAAGACCUCCACAGACAAGGACCUCCACAGACAAGGGCCACCACAGACAAAGGGCCAACACAGACAAGGCACACCGACAAGGACCACCACAGACAAGGACCGCUACAGACAGGACCUCCACAGACAAGGACUGCCACCGACAACGACCUCCCACAGACAAGGACUGCCACAGACAAGGGCCACCACAGACAAAGGGCCGCCACCGACAAGGACCGCCACAGACAAGAGGCGCCACAGACAAGAACCUCCACAGACAAAGACCUCCACAGACAAGGACCUCCACAGAGGACCUCCACAGACAAGGGCCGCCACCGACAAGGACCUCCACAGACAAGGACCCACAGACAAGGACCUCCACAGACAAGACUGCCACAGACAAAACCUCCACAGACAAGGACUGCCACCGACAAGGACCUCCACAGACAAAGGCCUGCCACCGACAGAACCGCCACAGACAAGGGCCGCCACCGAGAAACCGCCACCGACAAGGACCGCUACAGACAAGGACCCUCCAGAACAGAGACUGCCACCGACAAGAGGGCCUGCCACCGAAAGGACCACCACAACAACCGCCACAGACAAAGAACCUCCACAAACAAGGACCUCACAGACAAAGACCUCCACAGACAAGGACCUCACAGACAGGGGCCGCCACCGACAAGGACCUCCACAGAACAAGGACCGCCACAUGAUGGUUCUGAUAUGACUGGUGAGAUGAGAACAAGUAGUAUUGUGUCGGCAUCAGCAAGAGCCGUUGAUAGUGGUCUCCCUCCUCUGGGUGUGUUCCUGCCCAAGGUGUGCCCCCUACCCAAGGUGUGCCCCUGCCUGAGGUGUGUUCCUGCCCAGGUGUGCCCCCUGCCCAAAGGUGUGCCCCCCUACCUGGGUGUGUUCCCUGCCCAGUGUGCCCCCCUGCCCAAGGUGCCCCCCUGCCGAGGUGUGCCCCUGCCCAGGUGUGUUCCCAUGCCCAAGGUGUGUUCCUGCCCAAGUGUGCCCCCCUGCCCAAGGUGUGUUCACAACAAGGUGUGCCCCCCUGCCCAGGUGUGCCCCCUGCAAGGUGUGUCCCUGCACAAGGUGUGCCCCCCUGCAGGGUGCCCCACUGGUGUGCCCCCCCUGCCCGAGUGUGCCCCCUGCCCAAGAGUGUUAUACCCAAGGUGUGUUCCUACCAAGUGUUCCCUACAGAGUGUGCCCCUGCCCAGAGUGUGCCCCCCUGCCCAAGGUGUGUUCCAUGCCCAAGAGUGUGUUCCCUACAAGUGUGCCCACAAGUGUGCCCCCCUGCCCAGUGCCCCCCUGCCCGAGUGUGCCCCCCUCCCAAGUGUAUUCCCAUACCCAAGUGUGUUCCCUGCACAAGGUGUGUUCCCCACCACAAAUUGUGUUCCUGCACAAGGUGUGUUCCCUGCCCGAGGUGUGCCCCAUACCCAAGUGCCCCCUGCCCAGGUGUGCCCCCCCUGCACAAGUGUGCCCCCCCUGCCCAAGGUGUGCCCCCUGCCAAGUGUGCCCCCCUGCACAAG